AUGUUUGCAUUCUAUUACCCUAAAGCUAUAUUAUUUAGAUUUUGGUAUCAUCAUCAUUUUAAGAUUGCUUUACCAAUUUUAAUUUAAAAUCAACAAUUAGAUAUUACAAGCUUAUUUAAUGUACUACUUAUUAUAAUACUAUCAAUAAUACUUUUAUCCUACACCGAAAAAAUUGGAGAAAUUCAAAUAUAUAAGGCUAUAAAAAUAUUUAAUUAUACUUUUAUCUUAAUUGCAUUUUCAAUACAUCACUUGAACAAUUUUGUAUUCCUCAUAUGCUUACUAGUAUAUGAUGGUCUUAUCAUUCUUUAAGUUUUUGGAUUAUCCAUUGUCACAAAUUAAGAAUUUAUCAAAUUUUAAACCUUAACUAUAAUAUCAAUGACUCGUUUUAUUGUAUUUUUAACACUCUUUUUUAUUCAAGUCAAAGACUUACUAUUAGUGAUUCCCUUGCUUUUAUUUUUAUCGAUUGUCUUGUUAAAUAAGUACAUCCAUCAAAAAAUAUAGCUAAUCUUAUAAUAAUAGCCAUUCUCAUUAAGUUCAAUGAUCUUAUUACAAUUCACAUAUUAAUUAGGAUUAUACAUAGGAUUAUUAUACAUAUCUCAAAUACUUGUAACACAUUCAAAGGAUUGCAAUCGUCCUGAUUGUUUUUGUAAUAAAGAAAUUUCAAUUAAUCAAGAAGAAACUUGGAAGAGUCCAAAAACUAUGUUAAGAUAAAGUCUUAAUGAAAUUCUUUGUGAAAUCAUAAGAUUAUAUAAAUUCUCUUAAAUGAGUGAUUCUGAGGAAUAUGUAAUUAUAAAAUUAAUUAAAAGCUUCUUUUAUUAAGUAGAAUAGAAAUUGAAUAUAGAAAUGAUAAACUCUUUGAAACCUUAAUAAGGAGUUCUAAAUUAAGUAAAACAACUAUUUUUGGAUAUACUAUAUUUCCUUAUUAAUUUCGAAUUUAAGGUCAUCGUGAUAUGUUUUAUCAUUAAUUAUUGUCUAAAAUAGAAGGAGUUAGACUUAAUAGUUAUAUUUAUUAUACAUAUUGUAAUUUAGUUGAAUAAGUAGGAUAAUUGAUUGUUAAAUUAUUGAAUCAAAGACAAUAGAUAUUAACAAUGUUUACAAUUCAAUACUAAAAUCCUCUUUAUUAUUUGUAUCAUAAUAGAUUGUUUUAGUUUAUCAGCUAAUAUGAAAAAUGUGAAUCUUAAUUACAAUAAAUUUUAAAAUUAAAUCCACAAUCUUGUGUUACAUAGAAUUUAGUAUAAGCUCUAUAUUCAAUGGUUACAUUUUAAGAAGAGAAAUUAAAGUAAAUAGAAGUAAAUCAUAAUUUGAUGACUAUUGAAAUUGAUUCUCUAUGGAAUACUCUAAAUGAUAGAUAAUGUUGUUAUGUAUAAUGCAAAUAUGAUAAAGGACUGGUUAUGAUUAAUCAUUCAGUGAUUUUUACUUAAUUGAUGGAAGGUAAAGUGUAUUAAAUAUUUAAGAAAAUGGUAUUAAGUCUGAUUUUUUAGGAUAGUAUAUUGAUAAAUUUAUAUCAAGUCCAUUCAAAGAAGUUCAUCAUAGAUUUAUAAAGAGAUUAAUAAAUGAGGGUAAACCAAGAUUAUUAAACAAUGGAAUUUAAUAAUUUUUUAUAAAUACAAAUAAAGGAUACCUGAAAUAAAUAGAUAGUUUAGUUAGACUUGGUUAAAGUAUGGAAUAUUUAACUUUUAUGACUAUUAUGGGAUAUAAAUAAGAAGAAACAUGUGGUAAGAUUUUAUUGAGUAGUUUUGGCACUAUAUAUUCUUAUUCAGAAUUAGCUGUAUAAUAGUUAUAUCUUGAUAAAAUAUUAAAAUUACAUCAUAAAAUACAUAUAAAUUUGAAAUUAUGUAUACCAAAAUCUUAAAAUAUAAAUGAAUUAAAUGAUGGAUUUAUUUUGAUACCAAAAACAAAUUUAGUUUAAUAAGAUUCAGUAUAAAAUACAAUUUCAACAAGUAAAAUUGAUUAAGUAGCUUUUUAUAAGUAUUUUCUAAAAUAUCCAAAAAAAUGUUUUGUAUUUUUUUCAAUUUACAAAUUUAGUAAUUCAUCAUAUGAUGAUGAUAAUUUGUAAUAUGAAACACUUUAUAUAUAUUAAUCUAAUGAAAUUAAAGAUCUUGAAUUAAAAAUGUUAGCUCUUGAAUUAAUGCUAAAAUAAAUUAUGUUAAACAAUUAAAUUUAAUAAGAAGCGUAUGUUACUAGUUAUACUUCAUUUAAAUCUAUAAUUCCUGAAAUAAAAUAAAAUAUAAAGGCUGAUAGUCAUAAAAGUCAUUCAUAAAUAGAUGAAAUUGAUGAUAGAGAUUUUAUUAUUAGCAAUGAAAGUAUUCACAUUUAAUAAGAACCAUAAAAUGUCUAAUUAUAUUAAUUCAUAGCUUUAGAUUAAAAUGAAAUACUAAUAGAAUAAAAGAAGAAUGAAAUUAAUUAUUCUUCUAUUAUUGCUAAUUCAUUUCAAACAUAAGAUUAUUUAAUUUCAAGUAGAAGAUUCAAUGAUUUUAGUGCUAGAGAUUCUAAAAGAGAAAGUUAAUAGUUAAUUCAUUAAAAUCUAGCUAAUAUUCAGAACAUAUCACAUUAAGAGAAAGUGAUAUAAGGAGAUGAAGUUGAAUAAGAAUUAGAUUCUCCAGAAGAAACGAAAGUUUAAGUAUAAAUGGAAAUAUCAAUUAAAGAUCUAACAGAAUAGUAUUUGAAAGAAUAAAUUGAUUGGAUUAGAUCUAUGUUAAAAUUAAAGAAAAGUUAAUUAGAUAAGAAUUAGAAAGCUAAACCAACAACUUAUAAAAAAGGAUCUAUUAAAAAAUUGCAUUUAGAAUAAUAACCAUCAUCUAUAAGAAGUACAGAUUCAUAAAAAGGAUUGAUUAAUCAUGUAGUUAAUGGUAUGAUUCAAUCUAAUCCUCAUUAAUUUUACAGCAUUCUUAUCAUUGCAAUAUUUUAUUUAAUUCUUCUUCUUGUCUUAAUCAUUUUGAGUAUAACAUAAUUACAAAAAGAAUUACAUCAUAUUUAUUUAGAUUCUAGUGCAGGAUAAUUUUCUAUAACAUUAUUAUAAGAUAUUAAUUUAAUGGAAAUAGCAAUUCAUUUAUUAGCAACCAAUUCUACUUUUGGUGCACCAUAAUUUUAUAUCUAAAAUUCAACUGAUGAUUAUAUUUAAUAUGUUAGAACUGUCAAUAAUCGUUAAUAUAUAAAUCCAGAAUUUUUAUAAAGAUUAGAAUAUGCCCCUAUCAAAAUUAAUCAUACAUUUUCUAAUUAUGGAGUUUAUGAAUUUAUUACAUUUAAUACAAGAAGAUAUCUUGUUGAUUCAUUACCUUUAGUAUUUCAUAGAAUAACAGAAGUAGUUGAAUAUGAAGAAUCUCAUUUUAAUAUUAUGCAUAUGGAAGAAAGUUAUUUUACUUUAAAUUAUCCUACAUACUUUAAUUUAGCCUCAAAUCUAAUUAAUUCUACUGAUCAUGAAAUGACUGACACUAAAAAUGCAGCUAUGGAUGUAGCCUUAAUAUAUGUUAUCAUAGGAUUAAUCUCCUGUUUAUUAAUAGUUAUUCUUAUUGGUUUAGCAGAAAUAUAAAUUGCAAAAUGGAGAGUUUCCAUUGUUAGAACUUAUUUCCUAUUCCAAAAUUUAUAAUUAUCUAUUGUUUAAUAAGAAAAAGAGACAAUUAAUCUAUUAACUAUUGAUGAAUUAUAACAUAUGAAAUACAAUGUUAUCAAAUUAGAGAAAUAAGCAUAGUAAGUCUUAAAAAAUGAAUAAAGACUUAUUGAUACAAAAUUAAAAUAAUCAUUUUGGGCAAAAUAAUUAAUUUCUAUAAUUUUAUUAGGUGCUUUAGAAUUAUUAUAUUUUAUUCCUUAUUACUAAAUAUUUUCCAAUUCUGUUGAUUAAUUAAUAGCAUUUCAUGAAGAUCUAUAUAAGUUAGGACUUACAUAGUUAUCCUUUAGCAAUAGAUUAGUUUAUUUUAUUUAAUAAUAUGCUAAUCCAUAUAAUAAUAUUAAUUCUACAGUAUUUAAUGAAUUUGAUUCAUGGUUUGAAACUUAUUAAGAUUAGUAUUUAUUUGAACUUCCUUUUGAUGAAACACAUGAUUCAUAAUCAUUAACAUAUAUCGUUAAUAAUAAUAUCUGUGAAAUGGAUGAAAUUGUUCCCAUGAAUAAACUUGGAUAUAAGUGCCCUUAUAUUUUACAAGAAGGCUAUUCAAAAUUUGUAGUCUCUACUGAAAAUUAAUUAAAAAUAAUGUAAUCAGAAUAUACUAAUUUUUCUAUGGGAAUUCUAUAAAUUAUGGGAGAUACUGACUUUUUAGAUAUUAUAAUUGCUUAUGGUUUUGUGUUUCCAUAAUUUAAUAAAAACAGAGAUUAUUUAUUUCAAAUUUAAAAACUAAAUAAUGAGCAAUCCAAUACCUAAGCAAUAUUAAUGGCUGUUUUUGUUUUGAUAGCAUUGAUAAUUGUUUUUUCAGUAAUCAUAUUUAUUAUUUGUAAAUAAUUUCUAGCUGUAAUCAAAACUGUUAAAUUAACUCUCUUGAUUUUCUCAAAAGAUUAAAUUGCAAAAAAUAAGCAUUUAGUUUAGAUUUUGAGUAAAGAAGUAACUUUUGAUUGA